AUGAUUAUUGAUGAUCUACAAUUUGUCUUGACGGAGGAAUUUCCUCCAGUCCCCGCUCGAAAUGCAUCCCAAGCGUUGAAGGAUGCUUAUGACUGUUGGACAAAGACCAAUGAUAAGGCUCGAGUCUAUAUCUUAGCAAGUCUGUCUGACGUUCUUCCCAAGAGGCAUGAGGUCAUGAUGUCUGCAUGUCAGAUCAUGGAGUCCCUCCAGGAGAUGUUUAGGCAAAUGUCUAUUCAAAUCUGGCACGAGGCCUUCAAGUAUAUUUACAAUGUACGCAUGAAAGAAAGCCAAUCAGUGAGGAAAUAUGUUUUCAACCUGAUGGACCAGUUCAAUCUUGUCAAAAUGAACGGUGUGGUCAUCAAUGAGCAGAGUCAGGUGUCAUUUAUUUUAGAAGCCCUUCUAAAGAGUUUUCUUCAAUUCUGUAGUAAUGUGGUUAUGAAAUAA